ACGUCCACUCAAAAUGUCAAAUGUUAAAUAUCUAAAAGAAUCUAGUGGACCGUGAAGGUCAAACAGAGCUACGACUCGGUUAAUGCUCUAUUCUGAGCAAAUGGACCAACACCACCCCACCAUCACAUGCAGAUUCAAUGCUUUCAAUGGCAGAAGAAUACAUUGUACUAUGCGAGACUUGUCAUCUUUGCCGUCGUUAUCAAUCCUUCUGUUUUUCUUCUUUCUACUGUGCCCUGCUACUUCAAGCCUUCACAGUCGUCAGAGUGGUUCAACCAAAUUUAGACACCAAGCAGUAGUGGCACGCCAUGGUGCUGUUGCUACUGAUGAUGGUAGAUGUUCCAGAAUUGGGAUUGAUGUUCUUCGUGAAGGAGGGCAUGCUGUUGAUGCCGCUGUAUCUGCUUCUCUUUGUUUGGGAGUUGUGAGCCCAGCAUCAAGCGGCAUCGGUGGAGGAGCCUUUAUGAUUGUCAGACUUGCCAGCGGGGAGUUACAUGCCUAUGACAUGAGAGAAACUGCGCCAAUGCAAGCUUCUGAGAAUAUGUAUGAUGGAAAUGCUACUAUAAAAGCAAGAGGUGCCCUAUCCAUAGCUGUCCCAGGGGAACUUGCUGGCCUUUACAAAGCGUGGAAACAGCAUGGAAGGCUCCCAUGGGAAAGGCUUGUAAGGCCAGCUGAGAAGCUAGCUCGCAGAGGAUUCAAGAUUUCACGAUACCUCCGCAUGCAGAUGGAAAAGACACAAUCAGGUAUCUUGGCAGAUGAAGGGCUUCGCAACGUAUUUACGUCAAAUGGUGAUCUCUUGCAACCAGGUGAUGUCUGUUACAACAAGAAACUAGCAGACACAUUAAGAACAAUUUCAAAAGGAGUGGGAACCUUUUAUAAUGGACCAAUAGGUUUCAAUUUGGUAAGAGAUAUUCAGAAACUUGGGGGGAUACUGACAAUAGAAGACUUGCGGAGGUAUAAAGUCAGAGUUAGAGAACCCAUCAUCACUAACAUUCUAGGCUACAAAAUAAUUGGAAUGCCUCCCCCUUCUUCAGGGGGUGCUUCAAUGAUGCUUAUUCUGAACAUUCUUGCCCAAUACGGAGUCCCGGAAGGCAUUUCUGGCCCCCUUGGGUUCCAUCGACUAGUUGAAUCUUUAAAGCAUGCGUUCGCUGUGAGGAUGAAGCUUGGCGAUCCUGACUUUGCUGAUGUUGCUCAAGUCGUAUCAGAUAUGAUCUCUCCCAAAUUUGCAGAAGAGUUGAAGAAAACCAUUUAUGACAACAUGACUUUUGAUCCUGGUCAUUAUGGUGGCAGGUGGAGCCAGAUUAAUGAUCAUGGCACAAGUCAUAUAUCCAUUGUAGAUAGUGAGAGGAAUGCUGUCUCCAUGACCAAUACUGUGAAUUCAUACUUUGGGGCACAGAUACUAUCUCCAAGUACAGGAAUAGUUCUGAAUAAUGAAAUGGAUGAUUUCUCCAUGCCUGGGAAUAAUACUGGGCAUGUUCCACCGCCUGCACCUCCUAAUUUCAUCAGGCCCGGGAAGAGACCAUUAUCAUCCAUGACACCUACUAUUGUGCUGAAGGAUGAGCAACUGAAAGGUGUGGUAGGCGCAAGUGGGGGAUCCAUGAUCAUUGCUGGGACUACGGAGGUUCUCUUAAAUCAUUUUGCGAAGGGAAUGGAUCCACUCUCUUCUAUCUUGGCUCCAAGAGUCUAUCAUCAGCUAACUCCCAACGUAGUACAGUAUGAGAACUGGACAACACUGUAUGGCGACCACUUCGAACUCUCUGCGGAUGUCAGGGCAUUCCUCCAGAAAAGAGGCCAUGUCCUGCAAGACAUUGCUGGUGGAACCAUUUGCCAAUUUAUUGUUCAGGAUUUAGAGACUACAGAAGGAAAUAAACUCAUGGGAAAGCUGGUGGGAGUUAGCGAUCCAAGGAAAGGAGGGCUGCCUGCUGGUUAUUAAAGUCGUGAGCUGAUUUUAGAUUAAUUAGUUAAGUAAUCCACAGCGUUCUACCUAUUUUGCCCCACCGAGCACAAAAAUAAAGCCUUGGAAUGGGCUAUUUUUAUCCUCUUA